AUCCGCCUCCGACUUUCUAGUUCUGUACACAGUUACAGAAAUCUCUCUCUCUCUCUCUCUCUCUCUCUCUCUCUCUCUCCGCCCUAAUUCCAUAUAUACGAGUGCGCUAGGGUUUCGAUCAAGAGAGAGAAAAAGUGACCCAUGCACAGAUAACAACAUCCAACUGCCAUAAAACCCUAGUUUCACUCUCUCAUUCGCUCACUUCCAACGCCCUCGCUUCUGAUUCCUAGGUUUUUCAUUUCCAGCAACGCUCCCAUGUCUUUCGCAUGGAGAUUGCCGCUGUCUUCAUAGCCCUAUCCAGGCCCCACACUCCGUUCGAUUAAACCCGGUGGAGUCACUCGAUUCGAACGGUAGGGAUCGCAAUUGCGUCCUGGAUUCCCUAUCCGUGAUGGCCACCGCAGCGGCGACGGCGGAGCUGUAUCUGAACGGGGGCAGCGAUCGCGACGGGGAGGUGUUGGAGAGGGCGCAGCCGGCUGCGGCCGUGUCGGAGCGGCAGACGACGGGUGCAUCCAUGAUGGAACAGUUGGUGCCGGAAAUCACGACUCAUGCUCUGACUUACUUAGAUUUUCCGAGCCUGUGCCGCCUUUCAAUGACCAAUUCGUUGAUGAGGAGGGCUGCCAACGAUGACAAUGCCUGGAAAGCGCUUUAUCACAAGGUUGUUACUUCUUCUUUUGUGGAUUUCACAUUGGAACAGGAUAACAUCACACCUGUUAAUGGGUGGAAGGCGUAUUAUGCUGCUACAAGAGCUAUUAUGAAUGUCAAUGCAGAAUUUUUUAACAUUAUUCGAGAAAGAUCACUUCCAGCAAUGGGUCGCCUUUGGCUUAACGCAGACUAUGUCAAGUGUGUUCAUGCCUCAGGAGAGCUUUUUACCAGUUACAAUGCGGUUAUGGAGAGCUGGCAACUAGCAUUUAAUUGGGAUCAUGGUGGUGGCUUCCAGGUUAGGGAUGUACGUGCACGGGUACUUACAGAAAUGGCUUGGGUUACCAUGAAAACCUAUGUUGACAUGGACAAUCGGCUAUUCAAUAUGUCUAAUAUUUUCGAGUUCCAUAACGGCCGGUGGUACAUGGUGCACCAUCAUAGCUCUCUGGUGCUUAUUGAUGGAGAACCGGAGCAACAAAUUGUGCAGGGUUAAGGAGAUAAAAGAAAACAAGACGAAGAUGAGCUGAAGGAUAGGGAUAUAAAUGUAACUACAACAAGAUGAUAUAGCCCUAUCUGUUCUUAGGACCGCGGAGCUCUGAAAUUUGUCUAUGAUUUUUUUUCCUUCCGAAGAUCCUGUGUAAUCUUUGGUUUCAACCUCAGUUUUGGUUGUUUUCCGGUGAAGAUGGUUUUUAUUUUCCCUCCAAUUCAUCAUUUCUAUUCUCCUUCA